AAAAUCCUGACCAUACAUGAACAUGGAAGCAUGCUACUACCACUAGAAGGCAAGCACCAACCAACUCCAACUGUCUUCUCCAGCUCUUCAACAGUGUUCAGUCUGCGAAGAAAAGCGCCAUGGCACUCUCAAUCUCAACAUCCACUUCAUAUUUCAACUGUGUUAGCUCAUCAAAUCUUCCAUCCUCCUCCUCUUCACCCUUCAAGCCUUUCAAAUUCCCUCCCUUCUGGCCCUGGCAAAAGGUAAAGAUGGGUCCUCUCACUGUGUCUCCAAUGGGAUUUGGAACAUGGGCUUGGGGGAAUCAGCUUUUAUGGGGUUACAAGGAAUCAAUGGACACUGAUCUUCAACAGACUUUCAAUUUGGCUGUGGAGAAUGGAAUCAAUCUUUUUGAUACUGCUGAUUCUUAUGGGACUGGCAGGUUAAAUGGGCAGAGUGAAAAGCUUCUCGGCAAGUUCAUUCGAGAAUUUCCAGGAAAUCGGUUGCAAGAUGACAUUGUGAUUGCUACAAAGUUUGCUGCGUAUCCAUGGCGUCUUACACCUGGGCAAUUUGUUAAAGCUUGCAGGGCAUCAUUGGAGAGGCUGCAACUUGAGCAAAUAGGCAUAGGUCAGCUACACUGGUCGACUGCAAACUAUGCUCCUCCACAAGAGUUAGCACUCUGGGAUGGUUUAGUGGCAAUGUAUGAGAAGGGUCUAGUUCGAGCUGUCGGAGUGAGCAAUUAUGGACCAAAGCAACUUGUAAAGAUACAUGACUACCUCAAAGCCCGAGGAGUACCCCUAUGCUCAGCACAGGUGCAAUUUUCUUUGUUAAGCAUGGGAAAAGAUCAAAUGGAAAUCAGGAAUAUAUGCAACUCUCUCGGAAUUCGCUUGAUUGCUUAUAGUCCUUUAGGACUUGGAAUGCUUACUGGGAAAUAUAGUUCUUCGAAACUUCCUCUUGGGCCUAGGUACAUGGAUUAUCAAGUUUUUACUUUUAUAUUCAACAAAAGACGAAGACAGGUCAAGUAUGACAUAUUUCAUUGGUUAUCGACUCUGUCUAGAAAUAUAUGCUGUCUUCUAUUUUUCAGGGCCUUGUUAUUCAGACAAAUUCUUCCAGGAUUAGAGCCUUUACUGAGUUCACUUAGAGAAAUUGCACAGAAGAGGAAUAAAACUCUGCCGCAGGUUGCUAUAAAUUGGUGCAUCUGCAAUGGAACCAUUCCAAUACCUGGAAUUAAGACAGUAAAACAAGUAGAAGAAAAUUUGGGUGCUCUUGGUUGGCAAUUGAGUUCAGAUGAGUUGCUUCAGCUAGAAUCUGCAGCUAGUGAGUCUCCCCAGAAAAUGAUCCAGAACAUUUUUCAGACAAGAUGAUUCUGGGAUGAAGCUGCAUUGAGAGAAUCCUGGUGAGAAGAGUCAAAGACAACAGAAUUUGAAAAAUGAGUCCUUAUAUACAAGGUGAAGAUGAGGAGAAAUGGAGAACUAUAUGUUUUACAUGCAAGUCAUUGGAGGGAAGCUCCUUUGCUCAUCUAGAAAAGAGUGGGAAAAGGUUGAUGAACAAGACUCUUCAUUGAACAAUUUAAUUUUUGAUAAUUAUCAAUGAGUAAGAAUUGACUGAGAGCAUAUUUUCAGCAUUGGACACUUGUGUUUCUCCCUAAUUCAUGGACUGUCUAUUCAUAGAA